UGUUUUGCUUAGAGUGCCAUAUUAUGGAUGAUGAAGCUCACAUAGUUGCACAGUUCAGGUUGUUUAGAGCAACGAGCCACUGCCACCCCAUUCAGUCACAAAUAAUGUCUCGUCGCCGGGGUCCGACCCCGCGCCAUCGCCAUCGCUCGCUGAGUCCUCUGCCGGCCGAGGCGGGGGCUGCGCUGUCCCUGGCUCAGGGGGACGUCCAGAAGCUGAUCCAGCAGCUGCCGCCCUCCGACGACCUGCUGGAGUACUACCGUGCCAAGACGGAUCAGUUUCAGCGCCGGCUGGAGGGGCUGACCGACCGCCUGGACCAGUACCGCGCGGCAGUGGAGGACGCCCACGAGCUGCAGGAGCAGCUGACAGCUCGCGACACCGAGCUCUCGCAGCUGCAGCAGGCCAUCAGCGAUAUGCAGGUGUACGUCUUCCAGGAGAGAGACCAGGUGCUCCGACUGCACUCGGAGAAUGACAGACUCAAGAUCCAGGAGGUGGAGGACCGGCGGAAGAUCGACGUGCUGCUCUCGCUCUCCGGUACAACCGAGUCCAGUCUCACCUACUUCAUCAAGGAGCUGGACGAGGGGAAGCUGGUGAGGCAGCACCUGCCGCCGCAGCUGAAGGAAUUCGCCAAGGAGCUCGACCGCAAAAACAGGCUGGAGGGUCACAUCGCUUGCCUGCAGACCCACUAA